UGCAAUAAUUGAUUUGAAUCAGAAACUUCACUAAAACUGGUUUUUCUUUUGAAUUGGUUAAUAUUAUUUAGUUUUAUGUUUCAGUUAUGGCUUCAAACAAAGAAGUAGGAAACGGUUUGAGUUUGAAAUAUUGGGUGGACAAAGAAAAGAAACGUGUGAUUGUAGCAGAAGCAGAUGGGGACUUGGUAGAUGUUCUCUUCAGUUUCCUUACCCUUCCACUGGGAACUAUCAUCCGCCUUUUGAACACCCUUCAACAACAAGAAGGGCGUGAGAACACCUCCUUACAACAUGAUGGACGUGAUAACAGCUCUGAACAACAACAAAGGCAAGACAACAUCUCUGAACAACAUGAAGGGCGCGAGAACGGCUCUGGACAACAACUAGGGCUUGCGAACAACUCUGAACAACAAGCAGGAACUGGUUGCAUCAACAAAUUGUGCCAGAGUUUUAAGGAUAUGUUUGGGCUUCGCAACACCUCUGAACAACAAGUAAAGCUUGGUUGCAUCAACGAGCUGUACAAGAGUGUUAAUACUUUGAAGCCUGAUGAUUUCAGGAACAAGAUCUGCCAGAAAAUGUUACAUUCUCCUCGCAACCCCUUAGAGAGCUCUUGCCAGAGAUUAAAAGUGAAACUGGAUGAUUCAGAACCCACAAAGUAUUUCAUGUGUCAUAACUGUUCAAAGAAAGGAAGUAAUUUGUUGGUGAGUUCCUUUAAAGAUGUAAAAUGCGACUGCGGGUCAUUGAUGAGGAAAGAAAUAGAACUGCUGGAAGAGGCUGCUGCUGACGAUGGUGUUUUUGUUAAAGGAAAAGCCAAGUUCUUAAUCUAUGAUAACUUGACAGUGCGUCGAAGCUCUCCCAGUGAAUUCAUUAAACCACCCCUCAAACCUCGACACAAAAAUCUCCCCAAGCGUGAGGAAAUACUUGACAGGGAAAAGAUACUUCACAUACUGAAGCAAGCAUUAAUCUCCGAAACCCCUCUUAGUGAUGUGUUAUUGAAAAACACAUCCAAGCGAUCGGUCUCUUUCUCACGAGUUUUUGGUCCAAGUGAUUACAAAGGUUAUUUAGAAAUCAAGGUAAUGGUGAGUAAAUCAGACAACAAGAUUAAAUUCGUUGAAGCAGAUGGGGAUUUUGUCGAUUUUGUGGCCAGUUUCCUCACAACACCUCUUGGAUUUAUUCUGAACCUUAAGAAUAAGAAACUGUCCUGCUACCCCAUACCACUUCUUGCAUCUAUUCUGAAGUUUAGGAAUGGCAGAUUGUCCUUAGGAAGCAUUCGUAACUUGUAUAAAAGUGUGAAGAAUCUGGAUCCAUCGUGGUUCAUAGAGUCAUCGAACAAAUCCUUGCUGAAUCCCAAGGUGGCUCCUUAUUUUGGUUGUGAGAGAAAUCCGCUAUUAAAACCAAAGCAAGAUGACACUGCCAAAUAUUGGUAUGGCCUUGGAGAAAUGAAAAAUGAAAACGGUCGUGUCAUCUGUGAAAAGAGAAUGAUUUCAAAGAAACAUGAUAUGCUACAACAGCCCAAAGAUAUCAAAAUGUUGGACCCAAGAUCUUCCGAUAGAAAAAAAAGAGAUGGUGUGGGAUUUAUGAAGAGGCCUUGUCUAUUUCUUGUGUGGGAUAAUCUGAAAUUGUCACCGUUGACAACUACCAGUCUUGAUUCUUAUAAUCUACUGUCUACUGUUUCGGAUAAUCUGCCGUCUACUGGUUCGGAUAAUCUGCCGUCUCCUGAUUUGGAGGAACAUCUGCUGAAAAUCACAAAGUCAAAGGCGAUAAACCUGUUGAGGGCUUCUUUGACCUCCGACGAAGGUGCUUUUACUCGGAGCCUAUCCUGCUUAUUGUUGAAGUGGAGACUUCAAAGACUCAUUCCAUUAUGGGGUUGGUGGAGAAACAAGAGAAACAAAAAACGAGAAAAAAGAAAAAGACGAAAAAGUGAGAAAGAUAUCGAGUUAAAUGACAAGAAAGAGAAAGAGAAACAAGAAAAAAGGAAGAAGGAAGAAACUAAAAGUGCAGCAGAAACUAAAAGGAAGAAGGAGGAGAUUAACAAUAAUUCAGUGCAGAAGACAAACGAAGAAAUCAAAACCUAAAUUGAUAAAGGUGGCGUAGAACAAGCCUGCAUUAUAUUUUGGAAUUUGAAAUAGUUGUGUUUAAGUGGAUUUGAUAUCAUUUAACAUUUAUUUUUUCUUGUUUUAUUUUAGAAUGAUGUUUAAUAAUUUUACAAGUAUAUAAUAUUUGGU